AUGGACAAAAAUUUAAGUGGGCCAGGACAUGUGCACAUUGGUAGAGAGACAAUAUAUUGCAAUGGAUCCCUGUUGCUGGAAAAUGUCAACCAGAAGGACACAGAAAAUUAUACCCUGCAAACCUAUAAUAGACAUGGAAAAAUCGUAUCAACAACAUCCAUGUACCUCCAUGUGUCUGCCUUCCUUUGGAAGUGUGGGCGCCUUGGUACUUCUACCAAGAUCACUAUUGAAUCAGUGCCACCCAGAGUGACUGAAGGGAGAAAUGCUCUUCUCCUCGUUCACAAUCUCCCAGAGAAUAUUGAAAGCUUCUUCUGGUUCAAAGGAGUGAUUGGGGUCAAGAACCUUUUGGUUAUCCGGCAUAUACCAGAUAGGAAAUCAACUAAGUGGGGGCCUGCAUACACUGGCAGGGAGACCUUGUACAGUGAUGGAUCUCUGCUGCUCCGUGGUGUCACUCAGAAAGACCAUGGAUUGUACUUCCUACAAAUUCUGAGAAGAGAUGACGAACUUGAAGAAGCUGAGGUGCAACUCCAGGUGGACACUCCCCUUUCUCUGUUCUGUAACCCUCUCACAUCUUCCCAACUCAUGAUCCAAGUGGUGCCUCGGUAUCCUGCUGAAGGGGAAAGCAUUCUUCUCCAAGUUCAUAAUCUUCCAGAAGAUCUGCUAAACUUUAUCUGGUACAAAUCAAAGUAUGGGACCCUGAUCCCUAAAACUGUAGAAUAUAACAGAGCUAGGAAUUCCACCAUCUGGUGGCCUGCACACAGAGGAAGAGGGAUGGUGUACAAUAAUGGAUCCCUGAUGCUCCAGAACGUCACUGAGAAGGAUGCAGGGAUGUACACACUGGAAGUUUCAAAGAAUGAUUCCAAAAUUGAAAAAGCAUCCGUGGAACUUUAUGUAAAGAAGAAUGUGACCCAACCCUUUGUGCGAAUCACUGACACCACAGUCGCAGGACGUAGAUCUGUCGUCUUCUCCUGCAUCUCACCCGACACUGAUAUCUUCAUCCACUGGUUCUUCAAUAACAAGAGUCUGAAGCUCACAGAGAGGAUGACUAUGUCCCCAACAAAGUGUGGACUCAAAAUAGAUCCCAUCAAAAGUGAGGAUGCUGGAGAGUAUAAGUGUGAGCUUUCCUUCCUCUGUUCUGUAACCCUCUCAUAUCUUCCCAACUCACGAUCCAACCAGUGCCUCAGUAUCCUACUGAAAAGGAACAUGUUCUUCUCCAAGUACAUAAUCUUCCAGAAGAUCUGCAAGCCCUUUGCUGAGUAUGUGUCACAGCCCUUUGUGCAAAUCAUUGACACCACAGUCGCAGGAAGUAGAUCUGUGACCUUCACCUGCAUUUCACCUGACACUGAUAUCUCCAUCCGCUGGAUCUUCAAUAACCAGAAUCUGAAGCUAACAGAGAGGAUGACUCUGUCCCCGACAAAGUGUGGACUCAAAAUAGAUCCUUUCAAAAGCGAGGAUGCUGGAGAGUAUAAGUGUGAGGUCUCCAACCGAUUCAGUUUGGAGACCAGUCUCCCAGUCUCCUGGCCACGAUGA